AUGAAGUUUCUCAACACUAUAUUGCCGCUUGCGGCUGCCUCCUCUGCGUUUGUCAUUCCAGACGAACAGCUCACCAACCAGAUCCUCAUCCAGUCCGAGAAGGAUUCCCACACCUUCCUCGAUCGACUUCAGGGCAACGCUGCAGCAGCCUGGGAUGGAUUGGAAGAAACUUUCAAAGAUGCUGUAGCCUUUUCUGAGAAUGCCAUCGACAACGCCAUCAAUGCUGGCAUAAGUGCCAAGUCGACUUUCGAAUGCCAUAUGUCCAUGACCAAGUUCGAUAUUCAAGGAUGGCUCGAUUCAUCGAUGCCACUGUCUACUAUGGAGGACGUGGAUACUUUCGCAGGAACCAACGACAAGUCUCAUAAGCCUCAUAAGCCCCACAAGCCUCACCAUGGCCACGAUCCACAUCACCACAAGCCAAACCAGACCGUCUACGAGCUCAUUGCUAGCAGCAAGUACACCACGAAGCUGGCGAAGCUCAUCAAUGAGUACCCAGACCUAGUAGAGACCCUCAACGGAACUGCUGCAAACUAUACUGUCUUUGCUCCAACCGAUAAAGCUUUUGAGAAGAUCCCACAUCAUCACAAGCCAUCCAAGGAGGUCAUCAAGAAGGUCCUCGCGUAUCAUGUUUCGCCCGACUUCUACCCUGCAGGUCGAGUCCUUGUGACGCACACAAUCCCAACUGCCUUGGGUGAAGAUAGUCUUGGUGGGGAGCCACAAAGACUCCGCGUUGGCCUCGGUCUCAGCAAGGGACUAAACAUUAACUUUUAUAGCCGAAUCAUAGCUAUUAACAUAUUCGGUACAAAUGGUGUCAUCCACGGCGUCGACUCUCUUCUCUUGCCACCCCCACCAGCGCUCAAGAUUCUUGAGCUCCUUCCCGGCGAAUUCAGCACCCUCCAACUGGGUCUCAUCAAGACUGGUCUCUUCGAAAAGAUCGCUGAUGCUGACCACGAGGGUGGAACAUUUUUCGCACCUUCAAACUGGGCAUUCCAGAAACUCGGCCCCAAGAUCAACGCCUUCCUAUUCAGCAAGUACGGCGAGAAGUACCUCAAGGGACUCCUCGAGUAUCAUGUCGUUGCGAACGAAACUCUUUACUCAGACGCCUUCUACAAACAGAAGGAUGUCGAGUCGAAUGUCGACCAUAAAGUUGAUGUGGAAGGCAUCCCUAAGGGACAUUUCCAUGUUGAUCUUCCUACUCUUUUGGAGGACAAAAGCCUGAGCAUUGAUGUUGCAAGAUACGGAGGUUUCAUCACCAUCAAGAUCAACGGCUUCAGCUCAGUUUCAGUCCAAGAUGGCAUUGCGAAAGAUGGUGUCAUUCAUGUUGUUAGCUCUGUGCUGGUCCCACCUAAGACUCCUGGUGGAGCGCAGUAUGCUGGUGAAGAGAUGAGUGUAGAAGAGUUCAAGGAGAGACUUGAUGGUUAUAUUAACAAGGACUUGUAG